UAGGACUGUCUUGCAUGCUUUCUUUGUUAUACUUCUUUCGGUAUAGACACAAUAAGAAAGCAUCAGCUCCAAGCUCUUCCGACGAAGGGCUUUUGCAUGUUUCUUAUCACAAUCUAUUGAAAAGCGACGAGUGGAUUCUCCUCCACCAAUCUAAUCGGCAUGGGCAGUUUUGGAUCUGUGUACAUAGGGCUUCUUGAUCAGACUCAAUCGAUCGUGGCCAUCAAGAUUCUUGACCUGACACAUCACGGAGCUUCCAAGAGCUUCAUAGCCGAGUGUGGGGCUUUAAGAAGAAUCCGACACCGUAAUCUCGUGAAGGUACUCACGGCAUGUUCUGGGUUUGAUUUUAAUGGAAAUGAUUUCAAGGCACUGGUCUACGAAUUCAUGCCAAAGGGGAGCUUGGAAGAAUGGUUGCACCCAAUUGCAUCGCAAUAUACGGAGAGAAGCAAGUUGAGCCUACUUGAGAGAGUGAAUAUUGCCAUUGAUGUUGCUUGUGCACUAGAUUAUCUCCAUCAUCACUGUGAAACACCAAUUGUUCAUUGUGAUAUAAAGCCAAGCAAUGUCCUUCUUGACGAUGAAAUGACUGGACAUGCAGGCGAUUUCGGACUUGCCAGGUUCCUCCCAGAAGCAAUGCAUAAGUUACUAGCCGAUCCAUCAAGCUCUGUCGGAAUAAAAGGAUCAUUUGGCUACGUAGCUCCAGAGUAUGGCGUGGGAAGUACGGUGUCCACACAAGGAGAUGUGUAUAGCUUUGGAGUCCUCAUUUUGGAGAUGUUCACGGGCAAGAGGCCGACUGAUGACAUGUUUGAAAAUGGGCUAGACCUUCAUCGCUUUGUAAAGGCAGCUCUGGCGGACCGAGUGGAGAAGGCAAUCGAUCCCAUUCUACUUCAAGAAAUAGAGGAGUCAGAGAAGAGACGAAUAGUCGCUCCGGAGGGCAAGAACAAAAGUUGGUGUAGUAUUAAGGAGUGUAUGGUUUCGAUGAUCGAACUAGGAGCCGCAUGCUCUUCUAAGUCUCCCAAGGAACGAAUGGAUGUCGGCGAUGCAGUGGCUAAACUCCAGGGAAUAAGGAAGAAACUUCUUGAGUUCAUUGUCAUUGCUUAG